GUCCAUGGCUGGCACUGAGUAUACUCCCAGUUGGCCUGGCUUUCAGCGUCUUGAGUCUGUGCAGGAGGUUCUUGACCGUAACAAGCUCCUAAUUAGCGAAAUCAACCGCAACCACGAGCUGCGUACUCCGGAAUCCCUCCUACGGAACGUGACGCUUAUCCGCGAGCUAAAUGGCAACAUGGCCACAGUAGUUGAGGCGUAUCGGCAACUCGCAACGCUGAUUGACAUACCGGGCUCUGCGCCUGCAGCUAACCAGCAAUAGAAAGGGUUCCGCUCUGUUUGCUUCAUCUCCUCCCAGAUCCUAGGUCAGCUUCGCCCCCCGUGAUUAGGGUCCGAAUACGCUUACAGUUCCCAGGGCGCAAUCUACCCACAACCUUCACAGCCCGAACACAGCAGCCAAUUCAUCCACUGAACAUGCUGCUCCAAAGCGCGGUGCGCAUGGCCGCGGCUCAGCCUGCGCCCGCCUGGCUGGCCGGCCUUGCCGGCAGCCUGCGCGGCUUUACCGCAUCUUCAUCUGCUACUUCCGCUGCAGCUACAGCUGCUCCUGCUGCUGCCUCCUCCGCGCCUGGUCUCAUUGAGGUGCGGGAGUACACGCUGAAGCCGGAGGGCGUCAAGGCCUUCAUGGACGUCAGCGCCGAGUACGCGGACGUGCGCAAGCAGCUGCUGCCCUUCCUGGGCCUGUUCACGUGCGACGUGGGCUCCUGCCUGCACCGCGUGACGCACCUGUACGCCUACGACUCGUUUGACCAGCGCGACGCGGUGCGGGCGGCGGCGCUGAGGGACCCGCGCUGGCGCAAGUUCAUUGAGCUAAGCCGCCCGCACGUACAGUACCAGGAGAACAAGGUGAUGCUGGAGGCGCGGCCCAUCUACGCCGCGCUGCAGCUGCCGCCCACGGCACAGUUCCAGGCGCCACCAAAGACCGGCAGCGGCAAGGUUGUGUACGAGUUGCGCUCCUACCAGCUGUCGCCCGGGUACGGCUCCGUGCCCAAGCUGGUGGAGGCAUUCAGCGCGGGGCUGCCCCACAAGGUGGCCAAGGACCCGGACGGCAAGCUCGUGUUCUUUGGCUACACUGACGUGGGCAUGCUGAACCAUGUGGUGGAGCUGUGGCGCUACCCCUCCGCACAGGCCUGCAUCCAGGCGCGGCAGGCGGCGCGCACGGUGCCCAAGUGGCGCGAGACCAUUGGCGCGGUGACGCCCGGCGUGCAGCACUUCACCUCGUCGUUCCUGCACCCGGCGCCCUUCUCGCCGUGGCAGUAGGCAGCAGCAUUACGCAGCAGCACCAGCAACAGUGGGCAGCCGCACUGGCAGCAGUGGCAGGGGCGCCAUACUCGGGCAGCUGCCACUAGGGGGAGGACGUGGUGGCGGUCGUUGCAAUGCGCUGGGGAGCCAUAUUGAUAGGGUCGGGGGCACUAAACGGGGUGUUGAUCCGGGCAUAUGACCCUUGGGGCGGAGCUGCUGCGACAUUGCUGGAUUGUCUUGCGGUUAGGCGAUAGGGUGGUUAAGUGAAUUGAUGCUGGUGAGUUUGCGGGGCCGUGGCGUGGUGAGGUUGCUGAUGAUUUACAUCGAGAUGCUGAUGACACCCGCCAGUCUCCAAACCCUGUAACCCCCGUUCCCUCGC